CGAGGGGCGGGGCAGCGUCGGUCACGUGCUGGGGGCGUGGAGUGGAGCGACAGCCUCUAAGGUCACAUGACAGGGGCGCGGGUAGGCGCUGCUACUGUUGCUUGGGGAGGGGGGCCGGAAUCUGACCGACCAUGAGUUUUCUUGGAGGCUUGUUUGGUCCCAUUUGUGAAAUUGACGUUGUUCUUAAUGACGCAGAAUCACGAAAAACUGCUGAAAUCAAAACAGAAGAUGGUAAAAUUGAAAAACAUUAUCUCUUCUAUGAUGGAGAAUCUGUCUCAGGAAAGGUGAACAUAGUCUUUAAACAACAUGGAAAGAGGCUAGAGCAUCAAGGAAUUAGAAUUGAAUUUGUAGGACAAAUCGAACUUUUCAAUGACAAGAGCAAUACUCAUGAGUUUGUAAACCUAGUGAAAGAGCUGGCCUUACCUGGCGAAUUAACCCAAAGCAGAAGUUAUGACUUUGAGUUUAUGCAAGUUGAAAAGCCAUACGAAUCCUACAUUGGUGCCAAUGUCAGAUUGAGGUAUUUCCUUAAAGUGACAAUAGUAAGAAGAUUGUCAGACUUGAUAAAAGAGUAUGACCUUAUUGUACACCAGCUUGCAACGUAUCCAGAUGUUAACAACUCUAUUAAAAUGGAAGUCGGUAUUGAAGACUGUCUGCAUAUAGAAUUUGAAUACAACAAAUCUAAGUAUCACUUAAAAGAUGUGAUCGUUGGAAAAAUUUACUUCCUCUUAGUAAGAAUAAAGAUCCAGCAUAUGGAAUUGCAGUUGAUCAAAAAGGAGAUUACUGGAAUUGGACCCAGCACCACAACAGAGACGGAGACCAUUGCAAAGUAUGAGAUAAUGGAUGGUGCACCAGUCAAAGGUGAAUCUAUUCCCAUAAGGCUGUUCUUGGCAGGAUAUGAUCCAACUCCUACAAUGAGAGAUGUAAACAAAAAGUUUUCAGUAAGAUACUUCUUGAAUCUCGUGCUAGUAGAUGAAGAGGACAGACGGUACUUCAAGCAACAGGAGAUAAUUCUUUGGAGAAAAGCUCCUGAAAAACUGAGGAACAGCGAACCAACUUUCACCAGCGAUUUGAAAGUCCAGAACCACAAGCAACUGCAGAGCAGCCUGAAAUGUGAACUGGGUGUUGGGGGUGAAAGAACUGUUGAUAGAUUGCAGCUUAAAUGGUGGUAUCAGCCUGUAGGGAAGAAGGCCAAAAUUCUCAUUACAACAGUCUUCCUUCAUCUUACAGUGCUGCAUUUCCCACACUACUAAAACAUUCUUUGAGUAAACAUUCAAAUGUGUGUACAUACAUUUAAAACAAAUGCUUUCUCAAACACUGGAACUUUCUUAAGCUAUUUUAUACUGCACAUUUUAUUUUUGUCUGGUGUGAUGCACUCAGAUACGCGUAAAGCUUAAAAGAAAUCUAGUUAUGUGUUUCCAUGCAUGUAGGCUGGUGCAUUUAAGUUUUGCUUUUCAUUGAUGAUAGACUAAAGCAUUUCUUCUUCCUAUACCACAUUUCAUAUCAUACAUCUUUAGCAUCUGUUACUUGUAUCCUUGGAAACCAAUAAAAGUAUGAUGGCCUAAAAUGUCAAUUUCAGAAUUUAUAAUGGGCUUUUGUCCUAAAACUACUCUGUUCCCCCCAGCAAGUAUCUAAUGUGUACAAAAUAUGUAUUUGCUGGCAUAAUUUUGAGACCAUGCUGUAUUCCAACCUAUUUUUCUGUGUAACUUGGUAGGCAAACUUCUUUCUUGAUCUCAAUUUUGUAAGACGGGAUUGUUCUUCUGAUUAGUUUCUUAGCACUUCCAUCCUAAUAAUUCUGAUGUCUGCCCCUGAGAAGGCUUAUUAGCUUACAGGUAAAUGUAGAUGUACAAUUUCACAUGGAGGGUAAGAUGUGUGUGAAUUUUUAAUACAAGUUUUUAUUAAUUCAAGUAUUGAAUUCCAGUCACAUGCAUAAAACUCUGCUCUCCUUGCACUCAAACCCACAGAUUCAUCCUAUUUCCUUUAAACGGCUCCAAAUGAGGGAAAGCUGUGUGAAUGUGUGUGUUUACCUGGACUGUAUCUUCUCUGCCCUAUGUAAUGAAAGCAAAUGGGCUUACAGAGAGAGGUAUAGUUUUACCAACUGAAUCCUAAGCACGCAUUAAAAGCCUGUGUAAUGAAACAUCAGAUCAUUUAACACUGUGUGAAAUGUAGUGUAUUUGAAUAAAUCUCAGUAACCUUCAGGUGUUUCCACAUGGGUUGUUUUUUUGCCCUAGACGCAAUGCUGGGGGAAGCAUGGCUUUUCCUUGCUUCCCCAUAGCACUGUGGUGCAUCUCCUGGAUUUUCUUCAGUCUUUUCCAAAUUAUCUUCACUGUGAAGUUUCAGGCAGGACAGCAGCAAAGUCUUCUGGCUGGCUGCCAUGUGCGUGGAAAGUUUGCUUGUUCCAGUCCUACCUGCAGUGCAGCUGGUUUCCCCUGGAGCAGCUAUUCCUUCACAUGAUCACCAAGGCUUUUUUUCCCUCUUCUUAAAACUGUCGAUUGAAUAGCAUUAUCAAUAUACCAUUUUACCAAUAUAUUAAUGAGGAUCCCUGAAUUCACAGCUUAAAAACCAAUUCCCUAUCUCCCUUCAUUGCAGUCAUAAGGAAGAAAACAUAUUUCCAAGGAAAGAGGUUAGAGGCUUAGAAGUAUGGAAGCUGGUAAUUUGGAGAAUCUGAUACAUAGACACUAGAGAAACUUGCUGUGUAGAAACCUCAUGGCUGAUGGUGCUCUAUUAGUAGCCACGCAGCAGCAAAAGGGGAAACUAUGCAAGCCUGUCCUCAUGUGGAAACACCUUCCUCUUUCCCCAGUUUAGCAUGUUAUCUGUCUUCAGAACACACCGUAUGUGUUGGGCACCAUAUGGAACCUGCUGAAUGGAAGGCUUCUCACGUUUGUAGUUCACUUGGCUUAUAUACCAAGAAUGUUUCUAAACUUCAGUGCAAGUGUUAUUGGUUACCUUACUUUAUGAGUAAGCAAAAUUACUAAAUCUGUACUUCUGUAAGAACUGUUUUCUUACUCCGGCACUUUGAUAAAAGCAGUCAGAUACUGCUAGUUAGGAUGCUUCUGUUAAUAUGGCUGUCUGUGACUGAGAGAACUAAACUUCCUCAUGUAAGUGCCUGUUCAGAAUCUCAGAAGAAAAGCCAAAUAUUUUCAUGGACACUUGCAUGUUGCUAUCUGGGAACUAUUCUAAGAAAUUUUGAAAACUGAUUGUAUUUAACCAGCCUCAACUUGUGCAACUGUGUAUAAUAGUCAUAAUGAACUGCUAUUUGAAUUAUUAAAAAUAGCUGUAUUCUCACUAAAA